AUGGCUCCCAUCCACGUUGGCGCUCUGCUCUUCGAUUACCAGACAAUCGACGUGAUCGGACCAUACGAUCUACUCAAUUCCGCGAGCAAGACGCUCAUGGAGGGAAUCAGUCGAUACACGCACGUGGAUCCGAAAGUUAUAGCAAAGGCGCCCGAAUUUGUCUUCCACCAUAUCGGCGAGACCCUAGAGCCAGUACGCCUGCUUACAAGCUUUGUAACAAUGGUUCCCACAGACGCUGCAGAUGACGUCCCGGAGUUGGAUAUCCUCAUCGUGGGUGGGGAUAGUCCUGCGAGAAGCAGUCUCCCUCCGAAGUUGCAGGACCUUAUUCGUCGCCAUGCUGCCUCUGGAAAGCUACUGUUUACGACCUGCACCGGCGCUGCAGUUGUUGCUGCCACCGGCGUUCUGGAUGGUAGGAGGGCUACAGUCAAUAACCUCGAGUACAAUUGGACUAAAGAGAAAUACCCGAAUGUCAAGUGGACGAAGGAGAAGAAGUGGAUUAUUGAUGACAAUAUUUGGACUGGGAGUGGAGCUGUGGCGGGGAUGGAUAUGGUUGCCCACUGGAUCAAAGAGAAUUUUGGACUGGAUGUUCUUAUUCAGGCGGGAUUAUCGCUUGAUUAUGAACCGCGGGAUGUUGAUGGACUUUUCAAUGUGCUGCCUCAGCGAUACGAUUCGACUGGGAACAAGAUCUCCACCCAUGUCUUUCCCGAUGAGAUCUGA